UUUUUCGGUGUGUGUGAGCUAAGUAGGGUUUAGGGUGUGUGAAAGGAAGGGAAGAGCGCCAUGGAUUUCAUGCGCGGGGUCGAUCAAGCGGCGGCUUUGUGCCGCGCAUGCGUGGAGACGAAUCGCGGCACGCGGAUGCUCGUUAUAGUGCCGUCCGGGACAUCGGCGGAGGAGUUUAGAGAGAGGGUGAGGGCUGUGCAUUCUACCAAUUUUCCGGAGCACGGAAAUGUAGGCAUCAAGAACAUCAUGAUCAUGGUUGCGGGGUAUUGGUAUGCUUUCACCCAUGGCAACAUUGGAACGGCUGCUCAAGGAACCGAUGCGCGAUUUAGAGUCGAGCUUUUCGAGGAACUGGAGGAAGUUGUGGAUCCUUCUCCAUCCGGGACUCCCGCGAGAAGGGAGCUUGCGGCCGGAGAGGAUGUGCGUCAGCAGCCGGCCAGAGAGGAGAGUAGACUUGGCAGAGCCGUGACUAGUUUGCGACGAACCCUCGAGGAGAUGGAGGACAUUCGUGGAACUGGUCCUGGAAGGGUGGUGAACAAUGCUCAAGGGGUGAGGAUCACUGCUCCUCCUGCGAACGAGGUUUUGGUUGGAUCUGCCGCGGACGAAAGGAAUGACGACGUCCAGAUGGUGGAUGGUUCUGAGCCCGAGUCUAGAGCAGUGGCGGAAACCGAUGUCGCCGAGAGUAGCGGACAGGAAACAAGGUCCGGCCCUUCUCUGCGAUGUAACGACGUUCAGAUGGUGGAUAGUUCUGAGCCCCACUCUAGAGCAGUGGCGGAAAUGGACAUCCCUGAGAGUAACGGACAGGAGACAAGGUCCGCCUCUUCUCUGCGACGAUCGUACGACAUGCCUUCUGAAGAUCCAGCCGAUAAGUCGCAGAACGGUUGUCGAGGGGUUUCUCCUCCUCCAGUGAAACUCGCGACGAGCGACUGCAACGUGGUGGAUGUUUCCGUGUCCGAGCCUGCGGCGGCGACCGCACAGGAAACAGAAGUGGAAGCUAUGAAGGAGAUGGGAGAAAAAACUGUGGAGGGUGGUAACGAUGAAAAGGAGUUUGAAACAGGGAGAGACGAGGUAGAAGGAGCUGGAAGGGAGGGACAGAAACUAGAAUCGAGUAUGGACGAUUCGGAAGGGUCCGAAGAGGAGGAGGAUGAUGAACUAGAAGGCAGGAGAGAUGAGCGACAAGAAAACGAGGAAAAGCAAGUAGAGGCAGGACUGCACGAGAAGGAGCUAGAAACCGAGAAAGGCAGUUCUGAGAAAAAUGUAGGAGAGAUGGAGGCUCAGAAGGAUGCGACAGCGUCAUCAGUGCUUAAUAUUCUUCUCGGCUCCUCUGAGGGAACUGAAGAUCGCUCGAACGCGAAAGCUAGUGGCGAGCCUACUCGAAUCGAUGAGCCUGUUGCUACUGAUGGCAAUGGCAGUGCCUCAGGACACGAUUUUAUAGCCGAGAAGCCUACAGCCAAGCGAAAACAGGACGGGUCUUUGGAUGCAUCGCCCAAGAGGUCGAGAGUGGAUGCAAUCACUGCGGAGCUGGAAAACGAAGAAACGGAAGAAGCCGAAGAAGGUGAUGAAGCCGAAGAAAGUGAUCAAGCCGAAGAGACUGAUAAAGCUGAAAACAGUGAAGGCGGAGCCUUGAAAAAUGAGGAGUUCAAGGAGCCAGUCGAUGACAAGGAGCCAGAGCAUGCAGAUGGUGACGCUGCUGAUGGACCUGUCUUGGACAACUUGUGUGACAACGUCAUAAGUCAGCAUUUUUCUUCUGAAGCUUCUGGUUCAGAUAGCGAAGAGGACGAGUCUCAAGCUCCCGUGGAGAAUGCCGCAUCAAGCCAGGUGAAGGCUCCUAUGAAAGAGGCGGUUGGAAAAAGGAAGACUGUUACUUCCGAUUCAGAUAGCGAGGACGAAGAAGCCGCCACCCAAGCUCCGGUGGGAAAGAAACAAGAAGAGGCUGCUACAGUUGGAUUAAGAAACACAGGCACUGCUACUUCCGAUUCAGAUAGCGAGGACGACACUCAAGUUCCGGUGGAAAAGCCUCAAGAAGAGGCUGCUACAGUUGGAGUAAAAAAAACAGGCAGUGCUACUUCCGAUUCAGAUAGUGAGGACGGAGAAGAACUUCCGGUGGAAAAGAAUCAAGAAGAGGCUGCCACAGUUGGACGAAAAAAAACAGGCAAUGCUACUUCUGAUUCAGAUAGCGAGGACGACACUCAAGUUCCGGUGGAAAAGAAUCAAGAAAAGGCUGCUACAGUUGGAGGAAAAAAAAUAGGCAGUUCCAGUUCAAGUAGCGAGGAUGAAGAGGCCGACGCCGUAGAAUAUCAAACUGAGACGCAGGCUCCGCUGCAAAGUCAGAAGAAGAGUGCCGCGAAACAGGCUACUGCGGGUAGAAAGAAGACGACCGACGUGGACAAAGACGAUGCACAGCAUAAGCCUGGAGGAAAAAAAACAGGCGGUAGCGAGGAUGAAGAGGCCGACGCCGUAGAAACUCACACUAAGGCUCGGGCUUCUCUGCAAAGUCAGACGAAGACCGUCGCAAAGCAGGUUACUGCGAGCGUUUCCGACGAGGACGAAGACGAUGCCCUGCAUAAUCUUGGAGCCAAAAAAACAGGCAAUAGCGAGGACGAAGAAGCCGAAGAAACUCAAACUCAGACUCAGGCCCCACCGCAAAAUCAGACGAAUACUGCUGCGAAGCAGGCUACUGCGGUUAAAAAGAAGACAAGCGUUUCCAGUUCACAGAAGCAGAGGCUUGAGAGUCGUGCAGCGUCUCAAUCCGACUCGGAGCAGGAGUUGCCAAGCUCUCAGCCACCAAAAUCUGGGAAAGCAAGAGACAGGCGCCUUUCUGGGACGCGUAAGCGAGGAAAACCUCCAGCUAAAACCGCUUCCGGUUCCGAUGCUAGCGAAGAGGAAUCGGAUACGGACUUCAAACUAAGGUUGAAAGGAGCAAGUACUCCGAGGAGAAAUCCUCGCAGAACCGCCGUUGAUUCCAGGUUCCAGAUGUUUGUUGAUAAAAACGACGGCUUGGACUCGCUCUUUACAGCACGGAGCUCCAGUCGACUGGUCACGGAGCCGGACGUUGUCCCGGAGACGCAAAACGUGGAAGAAACUUUGACGGGCCCUCAAGGUGGUCAGAAGAAGAAAACAGCGAGCCGAAGAAGCUCGCAGGCCCAAACUCCUCCGGUCAUUCAGCAGGAUCCUUCUCCAGUGAUGAUCAUCACUCCGGAAGGAGUGGUGAGCUCUCAAGAAGCAGCGCCAGAGGCAGAGAAAGCUCGCGGCGAAACGAAAAGAAAGCGUCCUUCAGCGAAGGCAAGCAAGCGCCGCGCCAAGAGCAGCGAGCAAACUCCGGCUCCAACGCGCACUACUUUCACUCCGGCUCCAUCUCCGACUACUCCUUUGGCUCCGAUUCCACUCAUGGAGAGAAUGCCAACGUCGAGUGGUAAGAAGAAGCGUAGGCAGGCGUAGAGAGCCCGUGGAUUGUCCAUUCUGUGGUAGAACCUAUUCCUACCAGACUGAGCGUUUUGGGCGCAUAAGAAAGCUUGUGGUAGCUGGAAGAAAGAGGAAUCUACUUUUUCAAAAGUAGGAUAUGCUUUUAGGGUAUUCCGUCUAUAAGACGGUUUUGUUUAUUGAAAGAGGUAUAUUCGAUGUU